UUUGAGCUCUGUUGGACGACUUCCCCAGUUCCAAUUCCAAGUCAGUCUUUUUCUCCUCCCCCUCCCCCUCCUCCUCCUCCGUCGUCUUCUUCCUCUUCUUCUUGUUUUCCCUUCUCUUUUUUUUUUCUGAGACAGACAGAGAGACCGAGGAGUUGAGAGGAUGGAGGGUCAGCGGACAGCUCUGUUGAAAUGCCAGCGAAUUGGCUGCAACGCCAUGUUUUCCGACGACGACAAUCCCGAAGGUUCCUGUCAAUACCACGAUUCGGGACCUAUAUUUCAUGAUGGGAUUAAAGAGUGGAGUUGUUGCAAGAAAAGAAGUCAUGAUUUCACCUUAUUUUUAGAAUUGCCAGGAUGUAAGGCAGGUAAACACACAACAGAGAAACCAGUGUUGGCGAAGCCGAAGCCUAAGGCUCCUGUUCCUGCUCCUACUGCAGCUCCUGCUACUGAUGCAUCGUCAAAACAGUCCUGCUCUAGGUGUCGCCAGGGUUUUUUCUGUUCAGAACAUGGUGCACAAGCCAAAGAACUAAAAUCAAAGCCUGUAAAUGUGGAAACAACUCCAAUUCCAGAAAGCAUUACUGACGAUCAAGGCACUUCUGCUCCGCCGAAAAAGAUUGUUGACAUAAACCAGCCCCAGACGUGUAUGAAUAAGGGGUGUGAUCAAACUUUCAAAGAGAAAGAUAACCACGAGAAUGCAUGCAGUUACCAUCCCGGGCCUGCUAUUUUCCACGACAGAGUGAGAGGGUGGAAGUGCUGUGACGUUCACGUAAAGGAAUUUGAUGAGUUUAUGAGCAUUCCUCCAUGCACCAAAGGUUGGCACAAUGCUGACCCGGUAUCUUAACAUCAGAUGCAGGGAAGGAUGGUUUGUUUUUACCGUCGUUUUUUUGUGAAAUUUUCUUUUUGUUAUUGAACUGAAAAUACAUUUCUUGCAACUGUUUUCCAGGAAUACUUAGCUUCUCUCUGUAUCACCUUUAGAAUAUGAAUUGUCUUGUCCUGUGUUCUUGUUGAAUUGAAACAAAUUCGUUGUGUGGAAAUCGAACUUUUUACGGCUCUACAUGUGAUCAUUUGAUUGUCGUUCA